AUGAGGAAUUUUAAUAAAUCACCUGGGACAGAAGCGUAUGAGGAAGAUAACAUACAGGAACGAGAAAAUAAUUCAGAACCAUCCCAUAAUGUGACUCCACUUCUGCUGGACUCAUGGAAACCAUGCCGAGGGCUCCGGGCAAAUGUCAAAGAGCUGCUGGUAAUGCUGAGCAGAUGCUUGGGAAGCGUCUGUGGCAUGCGGUGGUAUGGCUUUGCCGCGUUGGGCAUGUUGACAGCCAUCCUAAGUUUUCUCAUGGACCUCAGUGUAGCAAAGCUGCUGCGAGCUCAUCAGUGGCUUUAUAUGAGACUGGAAGGCCACAUUCUGCUGCAGUUUUUCUGCUGGACGCUGUAUCCAGCAUGCCUCUGUGCUUUUGCAUCUUCCUUCUCCCAUAACAUCAGUCCCUUCUCCACAGGUUCUGGGAUACCAGAGGUCAGAGCUAUGCUGGCUGGCAUGGAAAUGCCUCAUUACCUUUCUCUGACUAAUAUGUUCGCUAAGUUUCUGGGUCUUAUCUGCACCCUGGCUGCCGGAAGCACAGUUUUCCUCGGCAAAGUUGGGCCAUUCGUGCAUCUUUCCACCAUGGUAGGGGCCUAUUUGGACAAGCUUUGCUGUCUAAUACAGGGCAAACAGAAGGAGGAGGCAGGAACAGAAAUGUUGGUGGUUGCUGCUGCGGUUGGAGUAGCAAGCUGCUUCGGAGCUCCAGUCAGUGGUGUGUUGUUCAGCGUAGAGGUGAUGAGCUCUCACUUCGCUCUGAGGCAUUACUUCCCAUGUUUCUUCUCUGCUGCCUGUGGGGCUCUGACUUUCCAUUUGUUCUUUGUGUGGAGCGGAGAUGGAGAGACUCUUCAGGCGCUGUAUAAAACCAAUUUCUCCACCUCUUUACCUUUCUUCCCGCUGGAGAUCCUCCUGUUUGCUCUGCUGGGGCUGCUGUGUGGAGCUCUGAGCUGCUGCUACCUCAUCAGCCACAGGUGGAUCCUUAGGUUCACCAAAACCAACCGGUUCUUCUGUCAGAUGCUGACAACAGAGAAGGGUCUGUACUCGGGUCUUAUUGUUUUCUUUCUGGCAUCGCUGACGUUUCCUCUGUCGGCCGGUCAAUACAUGGCUUCUAAGUACACCACAAAGCAGCUCCUCACUUCCCUUCUGGAAAGCAGACAAUGGAGCUCUCAGUCCCAUAAUGCAUCUGUGCUGCUGGCGUCGCUGGAGUGGAGCUCAUCAGGCACCCCCAUUUUCCUGUCUUUGGCUUUCUUUCUGCUCAUGAAGAUGUGGAUGUUGGUCCUGGCCUGCACGCUGCCUCUGCCAGCCGGAUACUUCAUGCCUGUGUUUGUCAUCGGGGCAGCCGUUGGCCGUUUGCUUGGUGAAGGAGUUGCCUACAUGUCCUCUGGUGGAGAGACUCUGUGGAUAUCAUUGAAUCCUGGAGGUUAUGCUUUAGCAGGUGCAGCUGCCUUCUCUGGUGCUGUAACCCAUACACUGUCUCCAGCCCUCCUGGCUGUAGAGCUGACAGGUCAGUUCAGCCAUGCUGUACCCAUCCUCCUGUCCACUGUGCUGGCCAAUGCCCUGGCACGCUCUGGGAACCGACCAUCCUUCUAUGAUGCCAUCUCUAUCAGUAAGAAGCUUCCAUACCUGCCCUCACUGAAGAAGGCGUGUCGCCACUCCAGAGGGAUGCCACAAUCAUAUGGGCAAUUUUUGUGUCUGGGACCUUUAACCCUUUCUCACAGAGACUAUACAAAUGGCUUUCUUUCUUCUUUGUUAUUGUCAGAUUCAAAGCUUUUUCUGGGUUAUGUUCUGCGAUCGGAGCUGCUGCUGUUUCUGCACCACUGUCAAACUCAGAGUGUGGGGGAACGGCUGGAUGAGGUCUGCAGCAUACAUCAAAACUCCAUCCUGGUAUCAGCUGACACUACAGUAGAGGAGGCCUACAGUGUACUAAGCAUAGCUGGAGCUCACCCUUUAUUUGUGGCAGAUGGAGGAAAGCUGGUGGGACAAAUCACAUGGUCUGAGAUGCAGCAAAUCUUGGAAGGCUUGGCUAGGGAGAUCUGA